UCAGCCUGUUAGGUGGCUGCCUUCCGCCUGGUGCCGCAAACAGCCCGCUCUGUUUUGAGUUUGCUGGGAGUGUGCAACCAGUUAGGUACCUGCUAGUGACAACAGAACGCUCAAGGUUUCUGAUGAAACAACACCGGGGCAGUUUUGCUCUGCCCAACCCAUUUAUAUCUGGCUCUCAAGUUGAGGUCUAAGGAAAUUCCCAGGCACCAUAAAGUUAAGGGAAGAAUUCCAGCUUUCCUUCUGCUCAUCAAAGGGUACCAGAGGCACAGGUGAAGUUGGUAGACGAGAAGUCGACCUGUCAAAGUCUCCCUAAAUGGAGCGCCCGGCUCCUUUCCCCAACCCCCUGGCAUCUUCACUCCCACGAGCCCUGCGGCCGCCGUGGUCUCCACACUGCGCUCGGUGCGGAGUCACACGCCAGAGCUGCAAAAGACGGUCGUAAGUAAAGCAGUCGCCCAGGUGAUGGAGCAAGGGCACCGCGGCGGCCACCGCGGCGGCGGCCAAGAGCCAUCUCCUAACCUUAAUGCCCUUAAUGCCGAAAGACAGUUUAGUAUGUUCCCGGGCGCGGACAUCGUAUAAAGCACCAAAGCACCUCGCUCCUCGGGCUGAGCCCUGGGCCCGUCGCGUCCCCUUCGCGCCCCCACCUGUUGGGCAGCAUCCCCGGGCUCCUUCGGGCCCAAGUGCUUUGGAAACUGUCAACGGAAAUCCAGAGGCCAGGGAAUGUGACGGGCGAUCGUAACUAUGCAGAAGAGAUGGAGCCCAAAUAGCGGACCUAUGGGGCCGGGCCUCGCGGGGGUCGGGGAUCUGGAGCCCGGCCCUCAGCGCCGCGGCCGCGCAAGCGAUGCCAAGACCGGGCGGGCGGCGCCGGCGCACUCCGGGCACCGAGCCUGCAAAAGGAGCCCGGUGCGAGCGACCGGCCACCUCGCAGACGGCGGGCAGCGGGCGCAGAGGCCACCGCCCCGAGGCUCCUCGGCCGACCCUCCGCCCGUCGCCGCCGCCACGCUCGGCCCGCUCCCGCCGGGCCCCCGACCCGAGCCCCGGAGGCGCUCGCUCUCCCCGGCCGCGCGGCCCGGCGGCAUGGAGUCCGGCGCGGGGUCCCGGGCGGCGGACCCCGGCGCGGCGCGAGAAGCCAUCGCGCGUCACGGCGAAGGCAGGAAGAAAAUGGCGGCGGCCGUGGCAGCGGCGGCGGCAGCGGCGGCCUCGCACGCGCCGCUGACGCCAAUGGCGCGCGCCGGCCGGCGGGCCGCGGAUGGCGGCGGCAGCAGCAGCGGCAGCGGCGGCGGCCCGGGGGGCCGGCCGGAGGCGGAGGCCGGGCUGGAGGCUGGCGGGAGGCGGUAG